AAAUAAUUUUAAAAAUUUUAUUUAUUAUGACUACUAUAAAUCUUUUCAUUUUAUCACUCUUGUUUAUAAAAUGUGAAUCAAGUAGUCUGUUUUUAAAUAUUAAUAAUGUUAAUACUACUAUUAACAAUAAAAGUAGUAUAAAUGAUAAUAAUAAUAAUAAUGAAAAUCGCAUAAAUUAUCAUGAAUUCUGGACAUUGUGGAAAUUAAAAUAUAAUCAAUAUUAUGUUGAACCAAUGGAAGAAUUGAAACGUUUUAUUUAUUGGAAAAUGAAUACUGAUGAAAUUUUAUUACAUAAUUUAAAAUAUGAUUUAAAUUUAAAAUCAUAUCGUAAAUCAAUAAAUCAAUACACGGCAACAGAUUGGAGUGAAUUUGAGAAAAAAAAAACCAAACGGAAAUUUAACACAUUGACAUUGAAUAAAAAAUAUUUACAAAAUAAAAUUGAUGCACUUUCUAUGAAUAAAUAUAGAAAUUUCAAUAGAAUAAACAAUGAUUUACCAGAUAAUUUUGAUUGGAGAGAUAAUGAUACAGUGACUCCAGUAAAGACACAAGAUAACUGUGCAUCAUCAUGGGCAAUGGCUUCAGUGGAAGCAUUAGAAGGACAAAUUAAAUUAAAAACAGGAAUUCUAACUGCAUUAUCAGCUCAACAACUAGUUGAUUGUAUUGGAGAUGAUGAAUGUGAAGAGAAUUCAUUAACUGUGGCAUUUGAUUAUAUAAAAGAGAAAGGUGUUGAAUCUCAAGAAAAUUAUCCUUUUACUGGUGAAGUAGGAAAUUGUACUUAUGAUUUAACGAAGGCUACAGCAACUUUAUCUUCUUAUAAACAAGUAGAAAGUAAUAAUGAGAUUGAACUACAAAAGGCUUUAUAUAACAUUGGUCCUAUAGCAGUAAGAAUUUCAAUGACUCAAGAUUUUCUUGCUUACGAAAGUGGAGUUUUAUUGAUCGAUACUUGUCAAGAUAAAGAACCAUUCGAAUCUGUUUUACUAAUAGGUUAUGGUAUAGAAAAUGAUCAACCAUAUUGGUUAGUGAAAUUCUCAAUGGGCGACCAAUUCGCUGAUCAUGGUUAUAUGAAAUUAGCUAGAAAUUAUGGAAAUAUGUGUCAUAUUGCUAGUUAUGCAUAUUAUCCUGUUAUAUGAUUAACAGUAAUAAUAAUAAUAAUAACAAACUGAGAGGAUAAAAAUAUCAAUGAAAUGCUUAAAAUUGAAUAUGAUCUUUUGUUUUAAGUGACAAUUUCACUCCUUUUUUUCAUUUUGUUUCUAAAAUGUUUCGAUUUGUAUAAUUCAAUUUAAAAUGAUUUGAAUUA